UGCGCAGAACACUGGUGGCGCUCAAAGUGCCAUAACAUAAGUUCGUGUAUAAAAUUGGCUGACAGAACAUAGUAACCUCUAAGAAUACCAGAAGAUCUCUGCGACAGCUGGUUCUGUGUAUUUGGAGUGGUACUUGUCUUUUGGCGUUGGUCAAUGUCGAGUCAAGCCUGGUUAGAAUCGUCUCUGAGACGCUCUUCCAGGCUUGGACUGCAAGUGUUGGAACGUGCCCAGAGACGUAGCGUCGACUGGGCGAGUUUGAGUCCGUCAUCGCAGCCAACACCGCUUGAGGAUGCCGCGAGAAACCAGCCCCAGUACUGUGAGGCGGAGACACAGAACGUGCGGGCACGUACAAAGCUUGAUGACGCUUUUGAAACCAUAGUGGAAUUUAUGGCAGAAACUACUCAUCAAUGCAAGCACUUCUACAAGUCCGUUCCUGCGCAGGGGGCCUCUGAGAAUGAGGUAAAGCACGUGUGUAGAUACCAUUCACGCCAGCUGCCAGGGCACCUAAAGGACACAACCUCUGGGAAGAAUGAGCAAGAGUCAUUGGAGGAUUUGCACAUUGAAGUUUCUCCUGGGACCUAUGCAGUCACCGUUGGAGCAGGAGACUCGAGCCAGCAGACCCACCUGGUCCGGGUCGAUGCCGGAGAGAGCGUCAACGUGACAUUUCACCUAUAACCUUUCACCUGCAUGGGUCUUAACAAAACUGUCUAAUGCGUGAAUUUUUUUUUUUUUUUUUUUU